AGCAAAGAGCUAUCGCUGGUGAAAGCUAAUGCAGUUUCAGUUGAUGAGAACAGGAGCUUCAGUAAACUAAGCCAACUGAACAGAAACAUUUGGGCAAAUGAUGAUCCUUUUAAGGUGAUUUUUUUCUUUUUCACUUUGAGGCUUCGCGACCAUGGAAGAACCCGUCUCAAGAACUGCAUAUCCUGAAUCCUUCUCAGCCUACGAGCUGUUAAUUCUGCACACCACUGAGGCACAGGAGUGGGCGUCAUAUUUGCAGCAGAUUUUGAAAAGUUCUCGAAAAUUUAACAAAAAAUCCAUUUUGCUGUACGCAAUCAGCACGGACGAUCAGCUGCACGGAUAUAAUUUUGAAUAUUUCCAGAGCUGCAAGUGCAUCGUGCUGCUCCUCUCAGGGUUAUUGCUUGACAUCCUCUGUGACCAUGAACUACAGGAGGCACUUCAGGGACUUCUUUAUCCUCCACACAGAGUGGUGGCGUUUUUAUGUGGCGUGUCUGAGGAUGAAAUGUUGACAGAGAUUUUCCAAGACUGGCCAAGCUGGAGAAAACUCCAUGCUGAGGAUGAGCCUGCUGUUUAUGUUUCUACCAUUUUGGAAACAAUAAUUGCCAGCAGACAAGUGGAGAGUGAAAGUGAAGCAGCUGCAGCCCUGGAAGAUGUGUACAUCAUACCGACUGCAGAUGACUAUCCCAGCACUGAUCAAAUAGAGGAAGUGGAGCCGGAAGUGGCGCCAGAAGAGCAAGACGAAAAUGUCCCAGAGGAUCAAGAGCCUGUGAGCACAGUGAAUUCAGCAAGCCAAGAAAUGACUUCAUCCACACACCUCACCUGUCUUACUGUUCAGCCGAACAGAGUUCUGUGCGGGAAACAGGAGACACUUUUUAUCAUUUUCAAAGACAAAGUAGAUGAUCAGUCAGUGCCAGAGGUGGAGUUUUCAUCUGAAAAUGCACCUGCAAAAAGGAUGCCAGCCACAGUGGAGAAUGAAUACACUAUAAGUGUUACUGCACCUGAUAUGCAUGCUGGAAUUGUAUUCCUCACUAUGUACACUGGCCAAUCAUGUGUCAGCCUGACUCCUGUUACGUAUUAUACCAGCAUGGGAGAAGUCAGUCGGUAUCUUGAAAAUGCUACUGAUCCUGUGAACUUCAUCUGCCAGGCAUUCAACUUGACAGCCAGUGCAACAGAAUCACUGGACAGCAUGCUGUCUGACUUAUUAAAAUCCAGGAUACCUGCAACUGGUCUUCAGCUGUUUGGAAUCAGACAGAUUGAGGAAGACAAUAUGGCAACAUAUCAGCGGAACGACGAGCUUCCUACUUUACUCCACUUUGCUGCUAAGUAUGGCCUGAAGAAGCUGACCACCAUUCUCCUUCAGUGUCCUGGAGCUCUGCAGGCUUACAGUGUGAUGAACAAGAAUGGAGACUACCCAAACACGCUAGCAGAGAAGAGUGGAUUUAAUGAUCUCAGACAGUUCAUGGAUGAAUUUCUUGAGACAGCAGACUUGCUCAAGUGUCACUUUGAGGACACUAUCAACACAGACGAGAGUGCAGAGGUAUAUGAGAUGAUGUCAACUUCGUCUCAGGAUAUCAUGAUGAAGUACUCAGGUUGCACAGAAGAUAUAUAUGAGUCAAUGCUAGGGAUCAACCCUGAAUGUGCAGAGGAUCUAUAUGAGGUGAUGACUGCAGUAGAUGAGAACCCUGAGGAAGCUAUGCUUAGGAAGUUCUUUCAAGCAAAACCAAAUGCCACUGAAGUCAAUGAGAACAAUGAACCCCUUCAAAGUGAGGAAGAGGAAAAAGUUGAACACAAUAACUUCGAUGAAAUUGAGGAAGAGGAAGAUCCAUACAACAUCUGUCCGGAGGAUAUCUAUGAUACGGUGGAUGAAAAUAGUACCUACAAACCAGUAGUCCUGAACCGUCCACCAGCCCCCAUCCCCAGACCUGAAACUGAGACUGAGCUCGAAAAGUCUACAACCUACAUUUCUAGAGUAUUUUCAGAUAAAAGUACAGCCGAGAGCAAAGAACAGGAAACGGGACAUCAUGGAGCCCUGUCUGUGGCAGAACUCCCCGUGCCUGCUUAUGACCCCUACGCUGGGAUGAAGACCCCGGGGCAGAGGCAGCUCAUAUCUCUGCAGGAGAGGGUAAAAGUGGGAGAAAUUACUGUGGAUGAGGCUGUCCAAGAGUUCAAGGCUUGGCAGUUUGAUCAUGAGCGGAGGGCGAACUCCAUACGCUAUCAGCAGGAAAAUCUGAAGAAAUUACGGGACAGCAUCACCAGGCGCCACAAAGAGAGAGAAAAGACAGGAAAGGAACUUGAAUAUGAGAUAAGUGCUCCCCUUCAGAGAAACUUAUACUGGGGCUCCAGUAUGACAUUAGAGUGUGCCGUGUAUGAGUCGGCACCCAGAGCGGCGGCUCCGCCACCUCCAGUGGCUCAGGUCAUCCAGAGAGGCAGCUGGAAGACAGGUAGCACAUCCAGCACAUCGAGCACCGAGAGCAACAGACUCAGCACCCACAGCACCUUUAGCUACAGCAGCGGUACAGAGCCUGACGAGGACUCGAUAGAAAGCCUCUCUGCUCCACCGCGACCGCCACGGCCGGUCAGUGCUGCACCUUCCAUUCCUCCACCCAGGAUUCCUCCACGGAACCCAGAAAGGGUGCCAGAAAUGGUGCAUGAGCGCUACAUAUCCUGCCCGACACGAGCACUUCCUCAAAGACCUUCGUACAGGCAAACCAACGCGGCGCCUCCUGUCCCCCGCAGAUAUCGAUGACGGCUGCACAUCUUCAUUUUUCCUGGGUUUUGUGGCUGAAGCUGUGGGUUAUUUUUGUGUAAGAAGGAGAACCAUAAGGCUUUGGCAAGAUGAACAUUAAAAAGUGACAGUUGUAUAUUAUUUAAUUUUUUCCUUUCGUGUACAUCAGUUUACCAAACCAUACAAAUCCAUGACUUCUCAUGACUGAGCCUGUGAUGCAUCUGUGAUAUUUGCUGUGGUGUGUUUUUACUGUAAAAUAUUUUUACCUGUAAAUAAA